GGAAGCACAGAGGAAUCACUAAAGUAAACCUGUAAGUGUCUGUGUAGAGAAGACUCCUGCCUGUAUAAUACAAGAACAGCAGCUACCUGUGUAGGAUAACUGGGACAGUAAAUGAGAUUGACCUGGUCGAAGAUGAUCGAAAUAUGGAGAGUGAAAGCUGAAGUUAACUGAUAAUCAAAGACACCGUAAUGGCACACUCAUCAACUGGAGAGGAUUUUGCUGAGCAGCAACCUGCUGAUCUGAGAUCAGCUACUCUCCAUCCCUUCAUCACAGCCCAGACUGGAGGCAAUGCUGUGGUACCCCAGCUUGUCAGAAACAAUAUUACGGGUGAUCUAAAUAUUACUAUAAACAUCAGUUCUGAAGACAAAGGUGUUAAGCACAGAGGAGAGCAGGAGUUGAAUAAAUGCCCAGAGGAGCCCUCACUGGGUGCUGGAGCUGCAGCCGGUGGUGACUGCACUGGGAGGAGGCACAGUGCUGAGGCCAGCUCUGUCUACACACAAGAAGAGCAGGGACACAGCAGCCAUGGCAUGGACUGUACUGAGAAAGACCAGGGAGACAGACAGUCCGUGAUUGUCAGUGCUGUACCCUUGUAUUGCAAUGAUCAGGACCAGGAAGCAGAAUACAAGAGAUGUGCACAAAGAGUCCAAGAGAAGCUGAAAUCCAGUCUGAAGGAGAGGUCUGAGUGCAUAGUUGAAGGUGUUGCAACGUCGGGACGCUCCUCACGCUCCAAACGCACGCUCCUCAACAAUAUUUACACAGAGCUCUACAUCACAGAGGGGGACAGUGAGAGGGUCAAUAAUGAACACGAGGUGUGGCAGAUUGAGACAGCAUCCAGGAAACAGACCAGACAAAACAAUGCAAUCAACUGCAAUGACAUCUUUAAACCCUUACCUGGACAAAAGACACCCAUGAGAACUGUGCUGACAAAGGGGAUUGCUGGCAUUGGAAAAACAGUCUCUGUGCAGAAGUUCAUUCUUGACUGGGCAGAAGGAAAAGCCAAUCAGGAUGUUUGUUUCAUGUUUGUUCUUCCUUUUAGGGAGCUGAACUUGAUUAAAGAUGAACAAUACAGUCUGCUUGAGCUUCUGCGUGACUUCCACCCUGAAACAAGAGGGAUUGAAAACAUCAAGUCUGAUGUUUGCAAAGUUUUGUUCAUCUUUGAUGGUCUAGAUGAAAGCAAACUUCCCUUAAAUUUCCAGCACAACAAGGUAUUAUCUGAUGUAACAAAGACAUCCUCAGUGGACAUGCUGUUGACAAACCUCAUUAAGGAGAAUCUGCUUCCCUCUGCUCUCCUCUGGAUCACCUCCCGGCCAGCAGCAACCAAUCGGAUCCCUUCUGAGUAUGUCCACCGGGUGACAGAGGUACGAGGGUUCAGUGACCCACAGAAGGAGGAGUACUUCAAGAAGAGAUUCAGUGAUGAGAACCAGGCCAGCAGAAUUAUCUCUCACAUGAAAUCAUGCAGGAGUCUCUACAUCAUGUGUCACAUACCAGUCUUCUGUUGGAUUUCUGCUACUGUUCUGGAGCGACUGUUGGGUGAGUCUGACUGUGGAGAAAUCCCUAAAACGCUGACUGGAAUGUACACACACUUCCUGCUCAUUCAGUCCAACAUAAAGAAUCAGAAAUAUCAGGGAAGAAAUGAGACAGAUCCACAAAAGCUUCUGGGGCUGGAUAAAUACAUCAUUCUGAAACUGGGGAAGCUGGCUUUUCAACACCUGGAAAAUGGCAAUCUCAUGUUCUAUGAAGAGGACCUGAGAGAGUGUGGCAUUGAUGUCACUGAAGCGUCAGUGUACUCUGGGGUGUGCACAGAAAUCUUUAAAGAGGAGUCUGUGCUGUUUCAGAAGAAAGUGUACUGCUUUGUGCAUCUGAGCAUCCAGGAGUAUCUGGCUGCUUUGUAUGUACUUCACUCAAAUGCAGUCAACAAGAUAAAGGUAUUGAAGAGGUUUUUCAGACGAAUUUUCUCAUUGACCGACCAGUCACUAUAUGACUUGCACAAGAAAGCUGUUCAGAAGGCCUUGGAGAGUAAGAAUGGGCACCUGGACCUCUUCCUGCGAUUUCUUCUUGGCCUCUCACUGGAUUCCAAUCAGAACCUUCUCAAAGGCCUUCUGACACAGACAAGAAGUAACUCAGAGAGCAUCAAGAAAACAGUCACGUACAUCAAGGAGUUGAAGAGGGAUGAUCCAUCCCCAGAGAGGUGCAUCAAUCUGUUCCACUGUCUGGCUGAACUGAAUGAUGAUUCGCUUAUGAAAGAGGUCCAAAAGUACCUGAGCUCAGAAAGUCAUGAAAGGAUCUCACCUGCACACUGCUCUGCCCUGGCCUAUAUGCUCCUGAUGUCAGAGGAGGUGCUGGAUGAGUUUGACCUGAGGAAAUACAACACCUCAGACGAGGGGCGCAGGAGACUGGUUCCAGCUGUGAGGUGCUGCAAAAAGGCUCUGUGA